CCAUAGCUGGCAGCAUAUGAAUCCUACAUUCUCAUCCACUAACUCAUAAAAAAAAGCUACUUACUUAGUUUGCUUCUAUUCACAAUAAUUUCACACACACAUCAAGAAUAAUGGAACAUAGAAGAAACUCAUCAUCAUCAACAUGGUUUCUAUUCUCAACUCUUUCUUGUAUUUUUCUUUCAUGUUUCUUAGGAUCUGUUGGAGCUUACAAAAAUUACACAGUGGGAGAUUCUCUAGGCUGGUUUGACAAACUUGAAAAACCUGCUGUUAAUUAUCAGAAAUGGGUUGCCAAGAAACAAUUCAGCUUGGGGGAUUUUCUCAUUUUCAAUACCGACAGUAACCACACUAUUGUUCAAACAUACAAUUUCACAACAUACAAACAAUGUGACUACGACGAUGCACAAGACAAAGACACAGUCCAAUGGUCAUCAGGUGCUCAAUCCAACGGUGAAGUAACUCCACUCACAGUGGCAGUUCCUUUGCUGAAAGAAGGACCAACAUAUUUCUUCUCAAGUGAUUAUGAUGGUGAGCAAUGCAAGAAUGGACAACAUUUCAAAAUAAAUGUGACUCAUGGAUUAGGGUUGCCGAAAAGUCUUCUACCAGACGAUGAUUCUCCGGCUCCCGCAAGUCCGGUAUCCGGUGACGAUGAUUCGGCACCGGACACGACUGUUCCUUCCAAUUUUAACAAUCCUAAGGAAGACAAAGAUGAUGAUAAAUCAAGUGAUGUGAAAUCUGAUUCUUGUUCAGUGUUGAAGUAUGCACAACUUUACAGCAAGUUUUAUGUGUUUCUUGUCUUGUUAGGAAUGUUUUUGUUGUUUUAGUAAGUGAAAAUACCAUUUAUUUAUUUUAUUGUAAUUUUUUUAUAGGUGUUAUUAUUUUGUUGAUGUGAGGUGUGAGAUAGGAUAUACCAUAUAUGUUAUAUUGUUGUAUAAACUUCAAAUUAUAUUUAUGGUGUAAACUUCAAAUAAUAUAUAUUGAAAAAGAAUAAAAGUUCCAGAAA